UAAAUAAAUAAAACUUCCUUUGCAACUAACUGAUCUUUCAAUACCACUUUCGGUUCUCUGUUUCGCUGAGGCGGAAUCAGAGAAUCGCUUCAAGUUAAGCAUUUGAGGCACAACAAGUUUUGUUAUAUCGAAUCGUUUACGGAGAAGAAGCAUUUCAAGUGAAAAAUGGAAAUGUCUCAAACCGACGGAAGAAUGGAAGGUUGGCUUUACACCAUCCGACAUAACCGGUUUGGUCUUCAAUUCUCUCGUAAACGAUAUUUUCUUCUUCUCGACAACAACCUUAAAAGCUUUAGAUCAGUACCAUCAGAUCACAAUGAGGAGCCUGACAGAAGAGCAUCCCUAGACUGUUGUAUUAGGGUUACUGACAAUGGAAGAGAGAGUUUCCAUAGAAAGAUCCUAUUCAUAUUUACACUUUACAACACUUCAAAUCAUUUGGAUCAAUUGAAGCUGGGAGCAAGUAGUCCUGAAGAAGCAGCCAAAUGGAUCAGAUCAUUACAAGAUGCUUCACAAAAGGGGUUUCCUUUUCCGGAUUGUGAAUUUGUAUCUCAUGCUGAGAAAGGACUUGUGAAGCUUGAUCUAUCCAAGAGGACACGCCGCAAAGUUUCAGUAGAUUGGACAAAUUACUCAUCACUGAAUGUUGAAACAAUAGCACUUGAUGUCAUUGCUCCUUCUCCAUGGAAAAUUUUUGGAUGCCAAAACGGUUUACGCCUUUUUAAAGAAGCUAAAGACUGGGAUUCACGAGGAAAGCAUUGGGAUGAUCACCCUGCAGUAAUGGCAGUUGGAGUCAUUGAUGGUACUUCAGAAGAUAUCUUCAAUACACUAAUGUCUCUGGAUCCUUUGAGAUCAGAAUGGGACUUUUGUUUCUACAAAGGCAGCGUGGUGGAGCAUCUUGAUGGACACACAGAUAUAAUCAAUGUCCAGUUAUACAGUGAUUGGCUGCCCUGGGGUAUGAAUCGAAGAGACUUAUUGCUGAGACGCUACUGGAGAAGGGAAGAAGAUGGAACCUAUGUGAUACUUUGCCACUCUGUUUAUCACAAGAAGUGCCCACCAAGGAGGGGUUAUGUUCGUGCUUGUGUCAAAAGUGGUGGCUACGUGGUGACUCCGGUAAGCAAAGGGAAACAAUCACUAGUAAAGCAUAUGGUAGCCAUUGAUUGGAGAAGCUGGAACUUAUACAUGAGGCCGUCUUCUUCAAGAUCCAUAACCAUCCGUGUUGUUGAGAGACUUGCUGCGUUACGUGAAAUGUUCAAAGCGAAACAAGGACAGGGCUUCGCUGAGUUCGUCUCAGGGGAGUUCUUAGAAACCAAACCCUGCUUGUCCAAGGUCAACAUUAGACCCCUUAUAACAGAAGCCAAAAGGGUUGAUCUAGAGCUUGUGAAGGCUGAUGAAAUGGAGAAACCUUCUUCAGCACGCCACAGUUUGAUGGACUUGAAUGAUGUUUCUGAUGAAUUUUUCGACGUUCCUGAGCCCUCCGAGUUCGAUAGCUUAAUUGAUAACUCUCCCUUUUCACAAGGACACUCUCAGCUCAAGAUACCAUCACCAGCUGGUAUUGUAAAGAAACUUCAAGAUUUAGCCAAUAAUAAGAAAGGCUAUAUGGAUUUACAAGAGGUCGGUAUGGAUGAUAAGAGCACAUUCUUCUAUGGAGCCACUCUUCAGAAAGACCCAAAUUUUACUAUGCCUUGUAGUUGGGCUACGGCAGAUCCAUCUACAUUCUUAAUUCGUGGAGAAAAUUAUCUAAAAGACCGACAAAAGGUGAAGGCAAAUGACACAUUGAUGCAAAUGAUUGGAGCAGACUGGAUAAGUUCUGAUAAGAGAGAAGAUAAUCUUGGUGGACGAAUAGGCGGUCUAGUUCAAGAAUAUGCAGCUAAGGACGGUCCAGAGUUUUUCUUCAUUGUAAACAUGCAGGUCCCUGGUUCAGCUAUGUACAGUCUAGCAUUGUACUAUAUGCUGAAAACUCCAUUAGAAGAGCAUCCUUUGUUAGAGAGUUUUGUCAAUGGUGAUGACGCUUAUCGCAACUCGCGCUUUAAACUCAUCCCUCACAUCUCCAAAGGUUCAUGGAUUGUGAAACAAAGUGUUGGCAAGAAGGCUUGCUUGGUGGGUCAGGCACUUGAAGUUCGUUACACCCGCGGAAAGAAUUACUUGGAGCUUGAUGUUGAUGUUGGGUCUUCAACUGUUGCAAGAGGUGUAACCAAUCUUGUUCUUGGGUAUCUUACCAACUUGGUUAUAGAAAUGGCUUUUCUGAUACAGGCAAAUACAGAAAAUGAACUACCAGAACUGCUACUAGGGACUUGUCGGCUCAAUUAUCUCGAUGUUUCAAAAUCUGUACAAGAAAGAUGAGACAUCCCGAAGAAUAAACAAUAAUGCAGGAGCAAGGGAUGUAUCGAUUUUUUGUUACUUUGUAAAAGCUGUGUUUUUACUGUGUUUUUUUUUUUGCCUACUGUGUUUCUUUUACCAUUCUUUAUUACGUGAACUCGUUUAUACAGUCUAAGUGUCAAACUAAGGUCUAGAAAGAAAGAAAGAACCUAGUCUGGUUCUCUGUGUUAUCUGUCGAACAUUGGAUUAAUAAACUUGUUGAAAAGAAUAACAUCCCAUUUGACCAAAAAAAACAAAAAAAUAAUAAGAUCCCACAAUAGCGCCACAGUUCAGUGUUUUGCAAUAUAAAAACUCAGAGGAAAGAGUUACUUGCGCAACAAUCAACAGCUCCUCUCUCUCACAAGAAACUCCAAAUCCUUACUGAUUUGCAUUCAAUCACAAGCAACAAAGACAAUUGAUAAGUGUUCCUAUAUCGUUUAAUUUAGCUAGAAUUCUACUAAAACUUCGAUGUGUCAAAUCAAAAUAGAUUAUGCCAUUUCAAUUAAAAUAUUAAAAAGGAAUUUAAACUAAUGAAAGACGGAUUUAUAUUCAUGAACUACGAUAUUUUAACAAUUAAUGUAAGGCAGAUUAAAUAGAUGAACUACAAUGUUUUUUACUUAACAUGUUUACCAAAAAAACGACAAUUUUUAACUCUCACAAAUUAGUUACUAUAAUUAUAUAAAAAAUAUUAAAAACAAAAAAUCAAUAUAUAUACAUAUAUUAUUAUUAGUGUCAAACAGAUUAACUUUACAUCAUCGCAAUUUUUACAAUAUUUUUUAUUAAAAUAAAUAUAUCAUAAAAUUAUCUAACAGUUAUUAGCCCCAUGCUAUAGCAAAGGUUAUAACCUAAUUUAUUACUUACUAAAAAUAUUGUUUAAUUUAGCUUGUUCUAAGAUUGUGGAUUCGUUUGAAUCAUAAAUGUCAACGUAAAGAGUGGAGACACAUAUUCAUUUAUUUCUCAGUUUUGAUAAGUAUCUAAUUAGAAAGAAAGAAAAAUCUAACUGGAAUUUUUUUUUUUCUAAAGGCAAUCUAACUGGAAUUAUGGGACGACAUAUGUAGAGUGAGUAUGAUGAAUGAAUAUCAACGGUGUGGGGUUGAGUAUCGUUGCGUGCCUACGAAAGCGAAGGUGUCUAUUUCAGUGGGUCACAAGCUCAUCCGGCUCAUCUGUCGGCAGUCGGCACCGACACCUCUCUAACUAUUCUUCUGUUUUUACAGUUUUUAUCUUAUUUUUCUUUGCCGCUUCAAACACUAUUUUAUAUUUAUUUUCUUAGAAGUAAAGAAACUUUUGAAUAAAUUUCAUCUUGUAAUAUUUUCUAUAAAGUGCUAUUUGUUGAUAUAUCUGUCAAUCAUCAUUUCAUCGUAUCCAGGUGGAACCCGUUUUAAUAUAUUACGUAUGAAGAUCUACCAUUUACACUAAGAGUAUGAAUGGGAAACACCGGAAUAACUGAAAGUAACAAAAAUGGAGUAAUAAAUAGUAACUAGCAAACAUAGUAAAAAUAUUAUAAUUCGUUUCACCUGACUGGUAAACAUGCCAGCUGAAUUAAGAGUAAUAACUUAGAACAACGACGACCGACAACUCUACAUUUUACAGACUUACUAAUGGUUCAAAAAUUUGCGUGUAAAGUUAGCAAAAAGAUGUGGUUGCGAGAGACUAAAACCUAAAUUUGGUAUGGAAUCACAUAAAUAAGAUAUGAACAGGUGGAUAUAUAAUUGGUGUCCGAAAGAAUCACAACAUUUGGAACUAUCACAAAUUGGUCGAUUGUGUUUAGUAAAAUUUUUAAUAUAUCCGUAACAUUCCGAGCUAUGAUACAUAGAUAAACUUAAGAAAAUUGAUUUGGAUAUAUAUGUUGCCAAAGUGCGUUUACUUUUUUCAGCACACAUCCGUUUAAAACUCUAAAGUUAAUUGUGUUUGAACCGGAGUAGUGGAAGGAUGAGUGAUCUAUCGGAAAGUGAUUCGUGAUGCCGUGCGAGUGAGACCAAAA